GAGUGAACUGUCAAUGUCAGAAUUGGACGAAAUGAGCUAUUUGCAUGGAUUGAAUAAACUGUUAAAUCGUUGCUUGUAAGAGAAAAAUUAAAAAAGAGAAACAUUCAAAUGUGGACAAGGAAAAAACAUCCAGAAAGAAAAGACAAACAAAAAUUCAAUUGUAUAUAAUGAAUCGAUACUUGAUAUAUAUUUCGUACAUUGGUACACAUUUCAAAGCAUUCACGAAGACGAAAGCUAACGGUGAAAUAAUUACUCCAACAACAAUUGGCGUACUUGAAGAUGCCAUGCAGAGGUUGAGAACAAAGAAUCCAAUAAAUGUCAGAACCAUAAGUGUUUUCAUUUAUUUGAAUUUUUUCAGAACUGAUGCUGGUGUUCAUGCGAUUAACUCGGCCGUUUUUGUUGAUUUGGAACGAUCAAAUAGUGAGCCGUACGAUUGUAACUAUAUAACUUCAAAAUUAAAUCAGGCGCUUGAGGAAACACCACAUCAAAUUAGAGUAAAUGGAGCCCAAAGGGUGCCGAACACAUUCAAUCAGCACAUUAAUGGUGUUAAAUCACGAACAUAUUUAUAUCGAUUAGGAGUCAUAAAAAAGAACAGAAAUAUCGACUACACCAUCGACGAGAAAUAUCGCUGUUAUUUUAUGCAUUCAGAUGAAUUUGACAUUGAUCGUUUUAAGCAAGCAGCACAAAUGAUUCAAGGCAUGCAUGACUUUCGCACCUUCAUGACCAUUAACAAUGAUGCACAUGUAAGUCUCAUUCUUAGAGCUUCAUUUGCAGUUCGGAAAAUGAAUUAUGUAAAAGUCGAAAGAGCUCAAGCAUUAACAGUAAAACCAAUUGAACACGAGGAAAAUGUUGAUUAUUGGAACUUAACUUUCAAUGCACAAUCAUUUCUCUAUCGGCAAAUAAGGAGAAUAGUUGGAACACUAGUGACAUUCGCCCAAGGGAACAUUUCACAACGGGAUUUAUACGAGAUGCUGACAAUUCCGUCACAAAAUUCAUUCAAAAGAAAGAUAACUGUUGCUCCAGCACAUGGACUUUACUUGGCAAAUAUUGAAUUUCGUGAGAGGUGUUUGACUGAAGAAAUUUAUGAAAAUCAUCAUUGUAUGAAAAAAUGUCAAUAAAAUAUUAAAAAAAUGGAAAUUUUGAAAACAA